AUGAAUGGGUGUAUGUUAGGUGGAGACUUUAAUGAUAUCUUGAAUGCGGAAGAGAAGAAAGGGAUUGAUUCGAUAUCAAUAAGAGAGUGGAACAAGUUCAAAAGCAGAAUUGGUCAUUGUGGAUUUAUGGACCUUGGUUUCAAUGACUACCAAUUUACCUGGAGAGGAUCAACCUACCAUUUUGGCAAGAGAAUAUAUGACCGGUUGGAUAGGGCCUUGUGUAAUGAUUAUUGGAGGAUGAAAUUCCUGGAUGCUUUUGGGAAAGUUCUGACCAGGUUAAAGUACUCCUAUCAUCAUCCUUUCUUCUUAUCUUUUAAUGAUCAGCACCAUAGCUCAGCCACUCCCAAGUUUAACUUCGAGGGUGUGUGGCUCUUAGAGGAAUAUUAA